GCGGCGGCCGGGGUGGGAGCGCGGCGGAAGCCCUCGGCGCGGGGCAAGAAAGGGCGCUCCAGGGCGGCGGGAGCCUCGCUGAACCACCCAGACCGCGUCCUGGGCAGUUCUGGAGCGGCGUGGAGUUGGGGGCCGAGGAGUGACAGCAGGAGACUGGGAUACCUGCGGCCCUGACCUGCCCGGGCCCGAGGCCCGCCCAAGGCUGCGGUGGAAACUUGAGCUCCACACACCCGAGCCUCACAAAGCCCUGCUGGGCGUCAGAUUCAUCGCCCCCACUUUACAGAUGAGAACACUGCGGCUCCCAGAGUCCCUUCAGAGGGAUUAUUUCAGCCGCUGCCUCAAAGAGACUACAGGAACCCCGUUUUCGAUGCUGGGGAAGUGUUUGGGAUCAUGCAAGUGGAGGAAGUGGAAGAGGAGGAGGAGGCAGCACAGGACGUGCGGAAGAGGCAGCCCAACCCCGGGAGUGAGCUGUGCUGCAAGGUCAUCGUGACCAGGGAGAGCGGGCUUCAGGCAGCCGACCCCAACAGCAUCUUCCUCAUCGACCACGCCUGGACGUGUCGCGUGGAGCAUGCACGCCAGCAGCUGCUGCAGGUGCCCGGGCUGCUGCACCGCAUGGCCAACCUGAUGGGCAUUGAGUUCCACGGCGAGCUGCCCAGCACGGAGGCUGUGGGCCUGGUGCUGGAUGAGAUGUGGAAGUUCAACCAGACCUACCAGCUGGCCCAUGGGACAGCCGAGGAGAAGAUGCCGGUGUGGUACAUCAUGGACGAGUUCGGCUCGAGGAUCCAGCAUGCGGACAUGCCCAGCUUUGCCACGGCCCCCUUCUUCUACAUGCCCCAGCAGGUGGCCUACACACUGCUGUGGCCCCUGAGGGACCUAGACACUGGUGAGGAGGUGACCCGGGACUUUGCCUACGGAGAGACAGAUCCCCUGAUGCGGAAGUGCAUGCUGUUGCCUUGGGCCCCCGCCGACAUGCUGGACCUCAGCUCCUGCACGCCCGAGCCGCCCGCCGAGCACUACCAGGCCAUUCUGAAGGAAAACAAGGAGAAACUGCCACUUGCCAUCAGCCCAGUGGUGUACCCCGACGACCACGUCUUCAAAGUCUACACGGACAUGCAACAGGUGGUCAGCAGCCUCACCCACCCGCGCUUCACUCUCACCCAGAGCGAGGCAGACGCCGACAUCCUCUUCAACUUCUCACACUUCAAGGACUACAGGAAACUCAGCCAGGAGAGGCCAGGCGUGCUGCUGAACCAGUUCCCCUGCGAGAACCUGCUGACCGUCAAGGACUGCCUGGCCUCCAUCUCGCGCCGGGCGGGCGGCCCCGAGGGCCCACCCUGGCUGCCCCGGACCUUCAACCUGCGCACUGAGCUGCCCCAGUUUGUCAGCUACUUCCAGCAGCGGGAAAGGGGGGGUGAGGACAACCACUGGAUCUGCAAGCCCUGGAACCUGGCACGCAGCCUGGACACCCAUGUCACCAAGAACCUGCACAGCAUCAUCCGGCACCGAGAGAGCACCCCCAAGGUUGUAUCCAAGUACAUCGAAAGUCCCGUGUUGUUCCUUCGAGAAGAUGUGGGAAAGGUCAAGUUCGACAUCCGCUACAUCGUGCUCCUGCGCUCGGUGAAGCCCCUGCGGCUGUUUGUGUAUGAUGUGUUCUGGCUGCGCUUCUCCAACCGGGCCUUUGCACUCAAUGACCUGGAUGACUAUGAGAAGCACUUCACGGUCAUGAACUACAACCCGGAUGUGGUGCUGAAGCAGGUGCACUGUGAAGAUUUCAUCCCCGAGUUUGAGAAGCAAUACCCAGAAUUUCCCUGGGUGGACGUCCAGGCUGAGAUCUUUCAGGCCUUCACGGAGCUGUUCCAGGUGGCCUGUGCCAAGCCACCACCCCUGGGCCUCUGUGACUACCCCUCAUCCCGGGCCAUGUAUGCCGUCGACCUCAUGCUGAAGUGGGACAGCCGUCAGGAUGGAAAGCAGGUGAUGCAGCCGCAGAUCCUGGAGGUGAACUUCAACCCUGACUGCGAACGAGCCUGCAGGUACCACCCCACCUUCUUCAACGACGUCUUCAGCACCUUGUUUCUGGACCAGCCCGGUGGCUGCCAUGUCACCUGCCUUGUCUAGACACUCGCCGUCCUGUGCUUGGGGCAGGAUUCCAACCUCAGUUCUCGGAGCCGCUUCUGCAAAGGCCCCCACACCCCUCCCCACACCAGCCCUGGGCACAGCCUCAGCCCCAGGCCUCUGUCCUCCUGAGCCCCGCUCCCAGCCUCAGAGUCCGGGAGCAGAGCGUCCUCCUCCCACCUGUGGGUCAGAGCAGGACAGGAUGGUGUCCCCAGGGCUGAGCACUGCCCCAGGCCCUGCCUCAUCCCUCAGCACCAUCCCUGCACUGAUGAGACUCUGGUUUAGCCAAGGCCUUCGUUCCUGGCAUGGAGAGUUUGUUUCCAGCUGCGUUUCCGGGGGUGCUGUGGGAAGGGUUCCGUGGAGCGAGACAAGGUGUCCUCGGGAGCAGGGUUCCACAGGGAAGCGUUUGGGAGCCCUGUGUCACACGGGGCAGGCGGAUUUCACUUCCAGCGUCUCUGUUCUUAAUGCAUCAGGAUGCUUCUGGGACGGGUGUGGGCCUCACACUGCAUCCACAGGGCUCUAUGUGACAAGUGCCCAGGAACAGUCUGAGACACCACCCGGCAGGCCCGCCUUGUCCCCAUUCAGCUCACCCAGAACCUUCACCAGCAAACUUCCCACUGAGGUCCCAGUAGGAGCCGUCAUCUUCUGCUACCGUUCCCUUUUUCAUUUGUGAGGGUCACAGACCCCAACAGGGAGAUCAGUCCCUGUCUUCCCAGGGGUUGCCCUGCUCGCCGGGCACUCCUCAGGGUCCCGCCCUCGUCUGAGGGAUCCUCCAGCGAUGGGGGCCAGGGCCUGGGGCUGAUGGCGGAUGGCAGAGUGCAAGGCUGAAAAGGAUUCCAGGGAGACCUUCGGGUUCAAGUCAGAUGGACCUACCAGAAUCUACAGUCAAAAUGUUGGCUUUUUCUUGUUUUUUAAUCUAUGGGAGAAAAAUGUAAAAUUCCAGUUCUUUUCUAAUUGUGUUUCUGAAAUUUGGAGUCAGCUGCCAGAGUUUUUGUUUGGCUACACUGUGCCUGGGCCCAGCUCAUGGGCAGUGGGUGGGCCUAACUCCCCAGGCAGGUAGGAGCUGCUUCCAGAACCUUCCAGUGCACAGGAGGGCGAGGCUAGGCAUGGCGGUUUCCUCUUUGAAAUUAAGUACAACCUUUCUUGUAGCAAAGCUGCACCCAAUGAUGGUGCCCUCCCCGUGUUGUCUGGGCCCCUAUUUACAAGCAUGCCUUGCCCUUCCUGGGGGGAGCCACACUCUAGCCCCUGGGGGGCCUGUUGCAGGGGCGGGGUGGGCCCAUUGCCCUUGGUGCCUCCUGGAGAGCUGCUGACAUACUGUCCCCUCACUUGGUUCGUGCUGCAAUAAAGGCCAUCUCUCUUU